AUGGACAACGAUCGACGACACCUGCACAAAUACGAACGAAUCGUACACGUAGAACGUAUCACCGGUAUCACCGAACUGACCGACAUAGAAGAGUUAGGAAAGUAUCAUCAGAAUGUUGAAUUGCCUUGCAAUGCUAUUUCGCUUUUGGUAAAUAUGGUUGGUCAUCAUCUUCUUACAUACGCAGACUUUCAGUAUCAAAGUAGAUUUUCGUACAAUCUUUACAAUACGCUUACAAGAGCAUUUAUAUUCGAAAAUGGAAAGUUUUCUAUGGAAGAAAUGGAUAUAUUUUUAACUACGACAGUUGAGUUUUCUCGAUACAUGCAGGAAGGAAUACUUGUGGUCAAGUUGUUUUUUGAUGAAUAUUUAUAUUAUAAUUCAGGAGAGCAUUUGCUAAGGUUACUAGAUUUGCUGCAAUGGAUGACUUCUAUAUCGGUGACUGAGUUACGAGAAAACAUUCUAAUACAUAUACAAAAUAUAUUUUACGAAUCAAAUUUAAAUAUGAAAUGUGAAAUAAUUAGAUCUGUACAGAAACUAAUUACGAACUUGUUUGUAAGACAAGGGCUUGAAGAACAGAAUCAAUAUGCAUCAUCCUUUUUGCAACAAGAUCGAUUAGAAGAUUUAGUAGAGAUUGUACUUGCGAUUACAACCAUAUUAGAAAAUCUUAUUGUUUGUGGAUUGAACAUACAUAAUUACGAUGUUAUAUUGUUAUCAGAAUGUUUAGCAUUUUAUGAAGAGAUUUGUACAUUAGAAAGUCGUAGUUAUGUAUUAUCUUGGACAUUGCCACCACCAGCAGUCAUCUAUGGAGCAUUUAUUACGAAGAGUUGUGCUAUCUUGUCAAGAAUUUGUAAAUUACUAUUAAGAUAUUGUAAAAUGAGUCCACAUAUGCGCCAAAUUAUGCCAUUAAAUAUAUAUGCAGAAAGAAUUCGUAUUAUAUCUAUUUAUGCAAAUGAUAUUCAUAAAUCAUUAUGGUAUGAUGAGCCUUUUAGUGAAAAUGGUAACCUUCUAAAAAAUUUUUCAAAAAAAUUACGCAGCGAUUUAAGAGAUUGUGAUUUGGAGACUUUAUUGAAUAUUAGCAAUCAUUAUGCUAUAUUACCCUUCAAAUGCACACUAAAUAUAAGUAAAACAAGCUUAAAAAUAAAUACAAAAGAGGCUGCUAAGACUAUGGCUUCUUGUUAUUUUCCGGCAGUAGAUGAAUUCCUCUCAGUAUUUGAUGAAUAACUAUCUCAAAUUUUAGAAAAAUGCUAUAGUUUUUAAUAAUUUCUUAAUAUGUAUUUAU